AUGAUCAUCCUCCCGACUCGGCGACACCGAGCCAAGGCAUGGCUCCUCAUCGCCAUGUUUCUCGCCCUUGGGCUUGUGCUCACGGUCCAUCGGAACGGCCCUGACCAUCUGGGACAGCUGUCGGGGGCGUUGGGCGGCACGCUCAGCAGCAUCGGUGCCCACGGCCGCUCGCCGCCCUCGGACGCCAUGCUGUGCUUCUGGCGCGAGCUAUGGGACGCCCUCGUCGACGCCCGGCCCAACACGGUCGAGACGGUCCACCUGAUCGACAAUCUGACCGACCACGACAUGGAACCAGACCUGGACGUCGAGCCAGAUCCAGACCGCCGACGGGUCGACAUGACCCAUCUGUCCGACAACCUGCGCCGGGAGCUCCACGUCGCCCAUGCCCGCUUCUUCAAGGCAGCUCGCGAGCUGGGCACGCGGCUGCCUUUUGAGGGGGGACAGACAGAGAAAGAAGGAGCACAACCGAUAGAAACACCAUCAUCACCACCCUCCCGCGGCAUCGUGAUGACGGCCGGCGGGGCCUACGUGGGCAUCGCUGUGACAUCGCUGCUGAUGCUGCGGCGCAGCGGCUCGCAGCUUCCGGUGCAAAUCUUCCUCGACACGGACGCCGACUACGACGAGGCCCUGUGCGAGGACGUGCUUCCGCGGCUGGGUGCCCGCUGCCGGGUGAUGCAGCGUUUCUGGGAGGCCACGCCACACAUGACGCCACUGUCCCGGUUUCAGUUCAAGGUCUUUGCCAUCCUGCUGUCCUCCUUCCGCCAGGUGCUCUUUCUCGACGCCGACUGCUGGCCGGUCCGCAGCCCAGACGGGCUCUUUGACGCCGAGCCGUUUGUUGGUCGCGGCCUGGUCACGUGGCCCGACUUUUGGCUCUCGACCGCAUCGCCCGCCCUCUACGGCGCCGACGGCAUCCUCGCCAUCGCCGAGCCGCCGCUGACGGCCCGCCGCAGCUCCGAGUCGGGCAUCCUGCUGUACGACAAGGCCCGCCAGGCCACGAGUCUGCUGCUGGCGGCCUACUACAACGUGUACGGCCCCGACUACUACUACCCCCUGCUCUCGCAGGGAGCCGUCGGCCAGGGCGACAAGGAGACGUUUCUGCACGGCGCCCUCGUGGCCGGCGCCCCCUUUUACGACGUUCGCACGCCCAUCGGCAUCCUCGGCCGCUGGGUCAACGGCACGUACAUGGCCGCGGCCAUGCGCCAGGCCGAUCCGGCCGAAGACUAUGCGCUCGUGCGGCAGGCCGCCCACAACAACACGCCCGUCAAGGCCAGGCCGCUCUUUGUCCACCACAACCUCGUCAAGAUCGACAUCCGCCAGCUGGGCCGCUCCAUGGAACGCGUCUACGCCGUCGACGCCACCCAAGGCCUCACCCGCCUCUGGCACGUCGACGCCGACUUCCUCGACGGCGCCGGCUACGACGUCGAAAAAGCCCUCUGGGCCGAGGUGCUGCAAGCCCUCUGCAACCGCCAACAGGAGCCGCCGGCCACGCCGUCCCGCGAGUGCACAGACCUGCAGCGGUACUACCUCCGCGUGUUUGGAUAG